AUGUCGUUAUGUGCUAUAACGGCAAUAUUAGUGGAAAUCUACUUAGCAAUUAUGAAACCACUUACACAUGCAACACGAAGAGAGAAAAACACUAUUUCAAAGAUACUUGCUGGAGCUUGGAUAGUUUGGGUUCCUCUUCCCAUUAUUUGCAAGUGUUGCGGACCUCAGUAUUGGGAUGUUUAUAGAAUCCUCUCUGGGGUAUCUUUAAUUCCCUUGUUUUGUUUAGUUGUUUUGGUGCAAAUAACGGUCUAUUUGUACGUUAAACAAAAUCCAAACGUACGAAGUCGAGAUAAACAUGCAGUUGCUACAACAGUGAUUUUUAUAUGCUCAUUCUUUGUCAGUUUCACACCUAUUACUGUUAUUGGAGUAUAUUCCAAAUUCUCCCGUUACAGAGCGAUUCUUGAAAGUUACGUUAUACCGUGGGCUCAUCUUAUGACAGGCAUUAAUCGCCUAGCAGACCCUAUUGUAUGUGUACUGAGAACAGACGAUUGGAGAAAAAUAAAAUUUCGUAAAGUUGGAAUGAGAAAUAAUACUAUAGCAUUUGCAUAG